UUCUCCUCCCCGGUGUUGUGUCGCACUCCUGUCGUCUCAUCCCUGUGCUCCCUAUUUGCUGCCCACCUCUCCGAAGUCCACCCAGCCAUCGUUCUGCAGCGUCGGUGAGCACCUGGCCGCCCAUGAUGGGCUCCGUGCUCCCAGCCGAGGCCCUGGUGCUCAAAACAGGGCUGAAGGCUCCGGGGCUGGCGCUGGCGGAGGUCAUCACCUCCGACAUUCUGCACAGUUUCUUAUAUGGCCGAUGGCGCAAUGUGCUGGGCGAACAGCUGCUGGAGGACAAGAGCCACCACGCCAGCCCAAAGACUGCCUUCACCGCCGAAGUCCUAGCUCAGUCCUUCUCAGGAGAGGUGCAGAAGCUGUCCAGCCUGGUGCUGCCGGUGGAAGUGAUCAUUGCUCAAAGUUCCAUCCCGGGCGAGGGCCUUGGCAUCUUCUCCAAGACAUGGAUCAAGGCAGGAACGGAGAUGGGUCCCUUCACUGGCCGUGUCAUUGCCCCAGAGCAUGUGGACAUCUGCAAGAACAACAACCUGAUGUGGGAGGUAUUCAAUGAGGAUGGCACUGUACGCUACUUCAUCGAUGCUAGCCAGGAAGACCACCGAAGCUGGAUGACCUAUAUCAAGUGUGCCCGGAAUGAGCAGGAGCAGAACCUGGAGGUGGUACAGAUCGGCACCAGCAUCUUCUACAAGGCCAUAGAGAUGAUCCCUCCGGACCAGGAGCUGCUGGUGUGGUAUGGAAAUUCCCACAAUACCUUCCUGGGCAUCCCUGGCGUGCCAGGACUAGAGGAGGAGCAGAAGAAAAACAAGCAUGAGGACUUCCACCCUGCGGACUCAGCGACCGGCACCGCGGGCCGCAUGCGCUGCGUCAUCUGCCACCGUGGCUUCAACUCGCGCAGUAACCUGCGCUCGCACAUGCGCAUCCACACGCUGGACAAGCCUUUCGUGUGCCGCUUCUGCAACCGCCGCUUCAGCCAGUCGUCCACGUUGCGCAACCACGUGCGUCUGCACACGGGCGAGCGCCCCUACAAGUGCCAGGUGUGCCAGAGCGCCUACUCGCAGCUGGCCGGCCUGCGCGCGCACCAGAAGAGCGCGCGCCACCGGCCGCCCAGCGCCGCGCUGCAGGCACACUCGCCCGCGCUGCCCGCGCCCCACGCGCACGCGCCUGCGCUCGCCGCCGCCGCUGCUGCCGCGGCGGCAGCUGCAGCGCAUCACCUGCCGGCUAUGGUGCUGUGAGAGUCCCGCGCGCGCCCCACGCGCACGCGCCUCCCCGUCCCCGCUGCGUCGCACCUGACCCCAGCGUCGCGCGUCUCCGAGGCGCCAACUACCCGGAACCCACUUCUGAUCCUUCUCGCAGAGGAAGAUGCCAAGGAGCGACGUCCUCUUUGCCUAGGCCACCCGGCUGGUGUGGCUGCCGUGUGUGGCCUCUACUUGGGAGCAGGUUCCCAUGCCCAGCUCCUUCCCGGAGUCUUCCUCCUGCAGGGCCGCUCCCCAACGCGAACAUCUCUCUGGAUGACAGGAGAGGGACAGAACAUCUCUAAAGAGAGCUUAGUACUUGGGAGUGGUAAGGAGAGCCAACUCCUUGGUCCAGGGUGGGCCC